CAAUUAUGAAGUUUUUUAUCGUAUUUUGCAUUGUUGCUUUCUGUAAUAGUUAUGCACACCCUACAAACAUCACAUCAGACCUUAAAAAAAAACAUCUAAAAAUAAUAGGUGGCCAAGAAGCACAACCUCACUCAUUCCCUUAUCAAGUGGCCUUGGAAAUAAGGGAUAAGUACUCCUAUGCCUUCUGUGGAGGCUCCUUAAUAUCAGCCAACUAUGUUUUGACGUCGGCUUCCUGUUUACAAACUGCCAUCACAGCUGAUGUUAUACUGGGUGCUCACAAACUUAGCGACUCAGAAAAUACACAACUAAGACUGUCAUCGUCAGAUUUUGUAUUUCACGAUGAUUACGACCCCACUGAACUAUCAAAUGAUAUUGGUUUGGUAAAAUUACCGAAGGCUGUGGAAGAAAACGAUUGCAUCAAAAUUGUUAAGUUGGCCGAUGAGGGGAAGGAUUAUCAGGGGGAGCAGGGGACUGUAACAGGGUGGGGGGUAACGGAAGACAGUUCUUCGGAUAUUUGUCCUGCGUUACAGUACAUUACGAACGAAAUUUUGAGUAAUGAUCAGUGUAGGAGUAUUGAACCGUACAAUGAUAUAAUACGUGAUACUCAUUUGUGUUUAUCUGGAGUGGGGGGGAAAGGGGCUUGCAAUGGGGAUACAGGGGGGGCCCCUUGUGGUCAAUGGAGAACAAAUAUGACCAAACUGAGGUGGCAUUCCUUCAAAACAUACCUCCACUCUUGCGUAUCUUCUUCAUUACACAAUGAGUCGUACACCGAUGUGGCUCUAGUGACCACAGAUGGGCGCCAAAUUAUGGCCCACAGAUUGGUUCUGGCUUACAGCAGCCAGUUUUUGAAAGAUGUGUUGAAGUUUCAACCGAAAGUCAACACAUACUCACCACUGAUGAUUGUGUUACCUCCGGAGAUAAGUUUCAAUACUUUGAAGAUACUUGUUGAGUAUAUGUACAGUGGUGAGGCAACUGUCACCAAAGAUGUAUUGGAUAGUGUUUUAAAAGGUGGAGAGAUAUUGAAAGUUAAGGGGUUAUAUAGACACAAGGAGAACAAAGAAGGUUCUGAAAGUGGGACAACUUCAGGCCUUUCUUCAUCGCCAAGCCCUGUAGCAAUAAACAAAGUAAAAAGAGUUCAACAUAACCUUAAACCAACGAUAACGAUACCAAGAAAUGUCCAAAGUGAACUAACCACUAAAGUCCUAAAUGUUAAACAGCCACCACUUAAAGAAACACCCAAUCAGAUUGGUAGAACAAUGGAAGCUGAGAAGCAAAAUGAUGAUGAAGAUAAUAAGGAAACCUUGCAGCUUUUGGAGAUCAAGAAUGAAGCUAUUGAAUGGUAA